AUGACUUUGUUCCCCACCAAGUUUGAAAAUGGGAAGAUUGAGUACAAGAUAAGGUACAAGGGGAGAUCAAGGCCAUUCUCUAGAGCCAAAGCCUUGGUGACUUCAGAACAGUCCAGGGACCCAACCAAGCUAAAGGAGCUUCUGUCUCAAGUCCUCACUAUCACCCUUGAUGGUGACAAAGGAGCCAGCUCGACCGACAGCUCGAUCGAGCUAGAAACAGGGCAACUCGAUCGAGUUCCACAACUCGACCAGAGGAUGGAAGAAUCUGAUGCAGAGGGAUAUGUCUACUCUGAGGAGUCUGAGAGUGAGAGAUUGAGGGAGGAAAGGAGAACCAAGAAGAGGAAUGAUCCCAUUAGUAGUGAGAGUGAGCAAGGGGAGUUUGAGAUUGGAGUGAACCUUGUUCAAGAGGAGGUGAUCAAGAGGAACCAAGAUGAGCCCAUGGAGGAGGCUGAGCAGAGCAAGAAGGAGGAUGAGCUCCCUAUGUACCAAGAGCACUACAAUGCUCUCUUCUCCAUGGACUUUGUGGAGACCAAGUACCCACAUGAUGACACAAUGAGAGGCCUUGGGAUCUUUGAGGAUGUGGAGUUGGUGCUCAAGAACAUGCACU